AGCAAGGGAAGGGGGGAGGGGAGGGGAAGCGAAGGAAACCAUCGGAUCAGGUCGCGCGUGGAUCGGAGCAGCUAGAGACGAGACGAGACGAGGCGAGCCGAUGCCUCACGACGACGACGAGAGCAUCGCAUGGGUGGUGGCGGACGGCACCGGCGACGCGCCGCCGGUGCUGCUCCACGGCAGCCUGGACAUCUGGAUCCACGACGCGCACAACCUCCCCAACAAGGACAUCCUCUCCAAGACCGUGCGCGACUUCAUCUGCAAGUCCAAGUCCUCCGAGGCCAUGACCAGCGACCCCUACGUCACCGUGCAGGUGGCCUCCGCCGUGGUGGCCCGCACCUUCGUCAUCCCCGACGACGAGAACCCCGUCUGGGACCAGCACUUCGUCGUCAACGUCGCGCACGAGGCCGCGGCCGUCAGCUUCGUCGUCAAGGACAGCGACGUCGUCGGCGCGGAGCUCAUCGGCGUCGUCUCCAUCCGCGCCGGCUGCCUCAAGACCGGCGACAGGGUCGAGGGCACGUACCCGGUCCUCGAGCUCAACGGCAAGGAGUGCGCGCCCGGCGCCGUGCUGCGCCUCUCGGUGCAGUACCUCCCCGUCGCCAGGCUCACCAUGUACCACCACGGCGUCACCCCGGGCCCGGACUUCGCCGGCGUGCCCAGGACAUACUUCCCGCUGCGCCGCGGCGGGAGGGUCACGCUGUACCAGGACGCGCACGUGCCCGACGGGACCCUGCCGGAGAUCAGGCUGGGGAACGGCGCCUGCUACCGCCAGGGGCAGUGCUGGCGCGACGUCCACGACGCCAUAUCCCACGCCAGGAGGCUCAUCUACAUCACCGGCUGGUCCGUGUUCCACACCAUCCACCUGGUGCGCGACGGCACCGGCGGCAUGCCGCUCGGCGAUCUGCUCAGGAGGAAGUCGCAGGAGGGGGUGCGGGUCCUGCUGCUCGUCUGGGACGAUCCAACGUCCCGGAGCGUCCUUGGCAUCAAGAUGGAAGGCUACAUGGGCACGCGGGAUGAAGAGACACGUAGAUUUUUCAAGCAUUCUUCAGUUCAGAUACUGCUUUGCCCACGAUCUGCUGGGAAAAGGCACAGCUGGGUGAAGCAACAGGAAACAGGGACUAUAUUCACUCAUCAUCAGAAAACGGUAAUCGUGGAUGCUGAUGCCGACAACCAUAGAAGGAAGAUCGUUGCUUUUGUAGGAGGCCUUGAUUUAUGCGGAGGGCGAUAUGACACACCAAGACAUACUCUAUUUCGGACUCUCCACACAUUUCACAAGGAGGACUAUUACAACCCAAACUUUGCGGUAGAAGAUGCCCGUGGCCCAAGAGAGCCAUGGCAUGACCUGCAUUCCAAGAUCGACGGUCCGGCAGCAUAUGAUGUCCUGAAAAACUUUGAGGAGCGCUGGUUAAAGGCAUCGAAGCGCAGUGGGACUAAAAAAUUGACGAAAUCAAGCAAUGAUACAUUGCUAUGGAUUGAAAAGAUACCUGAUAUUGCAACUAUUGACGAUGAAGUCUAUUCAAAUGACAAUGAUCCAGAGAGAUGGGAUGUUCAGAUUUUCCGAUCAAUUGAUUCGAACUCUGUCAAGGGUUUUCCGAAAGACCCACGAGAAGCCACCAGUAAGAAUCUUGUUUGUGGGAAAAAUGUACUGAUUGAUAUGAGCGUGCAUACAGCUUACGUGAAUGCAAUCCGAGGUGCCCAACAUUUCAUCUACAUUGAGAACCAGUAUUUUCUUGGUUCUUCAUUCAACUGGGAUUCGAAUAAAGAUAUCGGUGCUAAUAAUUUGAUACCCAUUGAGAUAGCACUUAAAAUUGCAAACAAGAUUUAUGCUAAUGAGAGAUUCUCAGCAUAUAUAAUAAUCCCAAUGUGGCCUGAGGGUAACCCUACCGGUACUCCUACACAAAGAAUUCUUUACUGGCAGAACAAGACGAUGCAAAUGAUGUAUGAGAUAAUCUAUAAGGCAUUGAAGGAAGUAGGACUAGAUGGUAAAUAUGAACCACAGGAUUACCUGAACUUCUUCUGCCUUGGUAAUCGUGAAGCUGAGGACACUUCUUGCUCUUCCAGCGGAACAUUCUCAGCCAGCAACCCACAGGUGAGACUGCAGGUUGGAGUUCUAAUUCAUGUUUCUCGCUCUCUCUCAACUUGUACAAUCAAUCAGGACCAAUCUCGGAAGAACGGGAGAUUCAUGGUUUAUGUGCACUCGAAAGGAAUGAUUGUGGAUGAUGAGUAUGUGAUCAUUGGAUCAGCUAACAUCAACCAGAGGUCCAUGGAAGGAACCAGAGAUACAGAGAUUGCAAUGGGUGCAUACCAACCACAACACACAUGGGCAAAUACGCUUUCUGCCCCUCGUGGACAGAUUUUCGGGUACAGGAUGUCUCUAUGGGCGGAGCACAUCGGAGCCAUUGAGGAGAGCUUCACCAGGCCGGAAAGCCUGGAGUGCAUGAGGCAAGUGCGGCACAUUGGGCAGAAGAACUGGGAUCAAUUUUUCUCCAGCCAUGUGACUAAGAUGAAGGGCCAUCUGCUCAAGUACCCCGUUAGUGUCGAUCCCGAUGGCAAGGUGAACCCUCUGCCCGGGUGCGCCACGUUUCCAGACCUCGGCGGGAACAUCUGCGGCUCGUUUAUGAAUAUCCAAGAAAACCUUACAAUAUGAGCAUAAACUUAUAUAGGGAAGUCAUUACAGGUGCCAUUGAUGCCAUUAGUUGUCAGGAGAAAAGAAAAUUCCAUGUUUCCUUUUCGAUUGAUUCAAGAGAUCACAUAGUUUCUGUACAAAGGUUAUUAUUAUCAGAUAUUAAUGUUUUAAUACUCGUAACCAACAGCAAUGUCACCAAACGGUUCGUCA